GGAGACGAGCCAUCGAGCUGGUGCUGGAGCAGAGCAACGCGCAGUGCGCCUGGGGCCGGCUCCCUGUGGAGGGGCCAAGGGGGCCCCGGCGGUCCCUGUCCUUCCUGACCGAGGAUGGCACUGAUGGCAGCGUCUCCUCCGGGCUCCUCGAGGACAACUGGGAGGCCGGACCCCUCAGCAGCACCCGCAGGUCGCAGCUGGAGGAGCCGGACCUGGGGGGCUGCUACAUUUUGGGGGAGCCUCCGCUCUGGCUGCGCUGUCCCCCAGACCCCUCGUCCCUCUCCAUCCCCAUCCCUGGGGGCUCAGCUCUCCCCCCGCAGCCCCUCGCCUCCAGCACGCUGCUCUUGGCCAGGGAUGAGCUUGGGGAGGGACCCCAGAGCCAGAUAGGGAAGGGAAAAAGAGGGGGUCCCCUCAAACCCAGUGUUGGGGACAGCCCUGGUCCCUCUCCCCAGUGGGAGUUUGGUCCCACUGGGUCCCUGAGCUCCCCCCAGCGUUGCAGCAGGGUUCUGGGGGGACACCAGGCAUCCCCCGGAGCUCCCCUGCUCUGCCGUGGCCUGAGCGGCUGCUCCGUGACACGCCGGACCCCCAGGGACGGUGACAUCCCGGGUGCUGCAGCUCAGCACCGUCCCGGUGUCCCCCGGGGACCGGCGGUGGGCUGGGCAGGGCUGGGCAUUGCCGCUCCUGCUGUCCCCGACCUGGGGACGAUGGUGCUGGAGGUGGGGGCCGGGGGCUGGGACCGCAGCAGCCUUGGGGACAGCAGCGGUGCCAGCGAGUGCUUUGUCAGCGCUGUGGAGACCCUGGAGCCCAGCGAGGACUGCGGGUGCCCAGGGGCUCAGCACCGCCGCUCCCCCCAGCCCAGGGCAGUGGGGGGGCUGGAGCUGAGCAAAGCCCCCUCCCCAACCAGUGCUGCUGCCUGGGAACUUCCCCCCGCCAGCCCUCCAAACGCAGAGCGGGUGCAGGGUGAGGAUUUGGGGGGGGGCUGGAGGGCAGCCCUUUGCUGCAAGGCUGGCUCAGAUGUGGGCGAUGUAGGGGAGCUGCUUGUGCAGCUCCGGGGGUGCAGCCUCCGGGGCUCCCCACCUUGCACCCCAGGACCCCUUCACAGCCCGACGAGUCUCACCGUGGGGGAUGUCACCCCGUGGGGCCAGGAGCCCCCCAGGUACCGCCAUGUCACCCCCAGGACCAAGAGCCGCCUCCAAGCCUCUUCAGCGCGCCUGGAUGCCUCCUCUUCCUCCUCCCUCUUUGACCAGAUGCUGGAGAUGCCCCGGAGGCCCCUCAGGCUCAGGGCACCCCAGGGUGUCCCCAGGGACCCUGCCACCACCUUGGGGCACUGCGUCACCCCGUGGGGUAAGGAUGUGUCUGACAGGGACAGAGAGGGGACAGGCUCUUUGGAUGACACCGAGAUCCUCCCCAGAGCCCCCAGCCAGCCCAGCUCGCCCCUGGGGACCAGCAGCUCCCCCAGCUCCAGCCCCACAUUCCUGCUGGUGUCUGGGGACCAUGGGCACCCCCAGGACUCCCCACCAGAUGCUCGGGGCUCACCCCGUGCCGCCAGCAGCUCUCACCCCAGGGAGUUGGAGGAUGGUUCUGGAUGUCAGUCCCCCUUGCCCUUGGGGACACCGCGGCCCCGUGGGAUCUUCACCCACCUCCUGGCCCCACGGCCACCGGGCAGCAUCACGGCGGAACCGGGGAGCCCAGCCAGCCGCAGCACUCACCGCACCAGGGAUCCCCUCGUGGACGAGGAGUGGGGACGGGCACCCGGCGCAGAGACCACCACCAGCCCCGAGGACACCGAGGUCUGGGACAAGGGAGCAGGCACGGUGCCACCACGGCCCCUCUCGGAUGAAGCUCUGCGCCGGCGGCUGCGGGCGCUGGGGGACAACCCGGGGCCUGUCACUGAGCUCACCAGGGGGUUGUACCUGCGGCGGCUGGAGGAGCUGGUGAGGGGACCCCGGGGGAGGCUGGCGGGGCACAGCCCCGAGCUGGUGGCCGCGCUGCAGACCGGCCACGUCCCCGACUGUGCCCAGGACGAGCUGGCGCUGGCUCUGCAGUUUGACCGUCCCGACCGGAGCCGGCGCUGGCGGGAAGGGCUGGUCAAGUCCAGCUUCAACUACCUCCUCCUUGACCCCAGGACCACCCAGAACCUGCCGCUCCGCUCCCACCUCCUGAGCCCGGCUGAGUGCUUCAGGAUCUUCGUUGAAGCCAUCUUCUACGUGGGCAAAGGGACACGUGCCCGGCCCUACUGCCACCUCGCUGAAGCGCUGAGCCAGCACCGCGCCGGGACGCAGAAGGGCUGCCCCAAGGUGCGGCGCAUCCUGGAGAUCUGGGCGAGCGGGGAGGGUGUCGUCUCGGUGCACUGCUUCCAGGGCAGCGUCCCGGCGGAGGCUUACACGCGGGAGGGAUGUCUCGUGGAGGCUCUGGGGCUGCAGACCAUCACCAACCAGCGGAAGGGGAACUGCUACGGUGUGGCAGCAAGCUGGCCGGCGGAGCGGCGCCGGCGCCUGGGCGUCCACAUGCUGCACAGGGCCAUGCGCAUCUUCCUGGCCGAGGGCGAGCGGCAGCUCCGGCCUGCAGACAUCCCGAACGGGCGCUGAGCACCCUGGAGUGCUGGGGGGCACCCACUCCUGCACCUCCCCUCUGCCCUGGCUGAGAAGGUGCGUGUGAUUUCUGGCUCUGCCGUGCUCCUGGGACAGACCCCGUGCCCCAGCGCGUCUCUCCCCAUCAUCAAGUAGGACGCGGCUGAGAAUAUAACACGGCUUUACUGUAUGAAAUGGCACUAACACGGCACGUGGCUCAGCAGCGGGGGUUAUGGUGAGCAGUUUGCCUUGGCCUUAGCACAAGCGAUGUGGGUACAAGCGGCACAGACUCCGUGGCAAACAGAGGUUGAAGAGCUGUGGCCCACAGCCAGGCACCCGAAGCCGGCUGCGGGGGGUGGGUCACGGCGGGGGCAGAGCUGUGAUUUUUGGGGUACGGUGGAAUUUCUUGGUACUUUCUUUGCAGACCCCAACCAUGCUGCGGGAAGUUCCUGGCCAGGAUGGGGUGGGAGAAGUGUUGCAGGGGAACGAUCUGAACCCAGGGUCGUUAAAAUUCUCAUUAUGAGACAGGUUGUGGCAGCAGCGGGCAGGGGCGGGCGCUGGCAGAGGGGCAGCUCUGCCCCGGUGCUGGGACGGAGCGGGGGCCACCUGGGGAGGACAUUCAUCACAUGAGGUCCCCGCCACGCUGGGGCCAGCUCUGAAGGACCCUCCCUCUUCUACAUUGCUCACUUUGGGGGGGAAAGGUGGGCUCAGCCUCAGGGAAGGAGCAUGGAGGGUGGGUGCCAGCUCCAGUUAGAGCAGCCCUGCCCAGCCAGGGACUCCUCGAGCCAACUUGGGGUGUCUUGUUGAGGUGCCAGCCCCGUUUGGGGCGAGGUGGGAGCUGGGUGGGACAUGGGACAAGGGCGAGGU